AUGCAGAAGAUCUACGGACAAGGACAAAACGUCUUGGUAUGGUUGGGAGAGCCUACUGAUGGCAGUGUUCUGGGCAUGAGAUUAAUCCAGAAUAGAAUGGCUAGUGUUGGCUGGCAUCAGUGGAAGAUUGACCAAACCUACGGCAAACCGACACUUCCAAUUUUCAAGUUCUUGGGCAUUGUACAUCCUGACGCGGCUGCCAAGAUAAGCCCGGAUUAUCAUCUCGAUGUACCGCAGGUGUACCGUGACUUUGCAAGGACUAUGAUCCAAGUUACAAACAAUCUACAUGUGCUGAACUGCACAAGACAAUGGCCGGGUGUUGAUAAUGGCACUCAACAGCAAAAGGCAUACAGUGUCCUAGAGCAGUCAAGAUACUAUGAUAUCCAUGCUCUCAUCUUCGACGGGCCAGACAAGACUCCCAGAAGGGGUUGGGCGAGACUGCCUGAUGGCUGGGAGAGAAUACCGAGCAAGGAGAAGUCAUUUUUUCGAGACAAUGGAGAUAGGACCAAACAAUCUUCUAAAUGGAGCCCGUUGGAGGGCCAGCAAGCUGUGAGAGCUGAGCAUUAUAUCAAGCAGAGAGAACUCUCACUGGGAUGGUCCAAGAUCUGGGACAAUCUUGGCCGUGCAAGAGUGGUGUAUGGCGUUGGGGAGACGACGAGAGAACACCAACUACGAAAUGAAAAAGAGCUUCUUCGGCAGAAGCUAUCCAGGCUGCCCUCCUGGGCUGCUAACUGGGAGUGUCCAAGUCGAUGGGACCCUAGGCCGUUGGUAAAUUUCUCCCUAUCGCAGCCACGAUAUUUCGCAUCUGGAAACACUACUGCGGAACUGAAUGACCAUUCUAACCCUCGGGUCCUAUCUCUCAAGGGGCAUAUUGCUGAUGAAAUCAGGCAGCUUGGUCCCGCAUGGCAUCCUCAAACUGAAAGGCCCCCUAUCUCCAGGAAAGGCAUCAAUGAUCUUGUCCAGUGGGAGACUCUUGGCCUCAUUGAGCUUCCAGACUGCCCAUACAGUGGGGCUGGCGGGCGUACAAAUGCCCUCUGGAGAACGAUGAUAGCUGACUAUGCGGGCGCAGAUGCAGCUGAUAGUGAUGACUGGGCUUACAUCGAGACAUGGUAUGAUCGAACUGGAUGGGGUCGAGAGCUCCCAGAUAUGGCAUCGAGGGGAAUAUAUGAGACGACCACACUUGAAGGAGAAAUAACGGAUCUUCAGCUUGUGAUGCAUACCCAAUUUCUCCAGAUCAGGCCUCUGCCCAACGUCGGGACUCCUGAGCUGCUGAAACAGCCGUGGAUGGAUUUUUCCCAUAACAAGAAAAAGUAUGGCGGUUAUAUAAAGCGUAUCUAUGACGCAUGUGCGCAUCGCUCGUUGUUUAUAACUUAUCGGGGUUAA